AUGACGUCUCUCAAUCAAUCCGGGGACACCAAGUUCACCGUGUUUAUUCGCCUGCCCUUCCCCAGGGGUGACUUUGUGGAUCCUCCGCCGGUCGAAUGGAAUGCUGCGAAAGACCAAGCGCUGUGGGAUAUUCUGUCCCGACUUCCCAAAGGAGAUGAUCUAGACUGUAAGGAAGGCGCUGUACGUUCUGUGGCAUCACAUCGAAUCAUACUGACAAACUGCAGAGCAGAUCGUUUCGAUGUGACCCUGCAGUUCCUGCUUCAACAGGCUGCAUGGCUCUAUGACCGCCAGCUAUCGCAGGUUCGGGCACAGAUGCUCAAAGUACCCACGCAAUCGAACCCUGCCUCUCCGGCUCCGGGUUCGGUGUCGGGCAGCACAGCCCAGGUCCAACAGACCAAGGGCGCUAGUAAUCCAGGCCCUCGAGCUCCAUCCCGCCUCUCACAGCAAAAAGACACCAUCCCACAACGAGCUCCCAUCCCGCGACGCACCAGCUCGACGACAACCGUUAACCAGGUCAAGAGUGCUCGCGAGCCAUUCCGCAACGACACCCCCGCUGAGCCAAGAGAGCCCAGACGAGAAAGUUAUACUCGACAGUCGGUCAAGCGAGAACAAGCUGCACCACCAUCGGCCCCGAAAUCUCCUACCUUGGAAGAUGAUAUCACCUCUAGCUCAUCGGGAUCCGAAUCGGAAUCAGACGACGAUAAAAUCGGAAGUCGUCACGGACUGAGAUUCCGGCCCCAAUUCGGAGCAUUCUCAACCCACCGACCCGGCUUAAGAGACGACGAGGAUGACGACGACGAUUCCCCUGCUUUCCUCCCGGAUCUCGAUCAAACCCCCCACGAGACAUUCGGAGACGAUCCCAGUAAUACGUUGCGAAUGAACCCGGACCUUCCUGGGUCAUCCGGCCGUCCUCGAGGAUCCGUGGCGACAGAAUCGUCCGCGAGCUCUGCCAGCUCGGGCGUCCCGGUUACACACUCACACUCGCAUUCUAGCAGACGACCGGGGAUGAACCAAAGUGGGGGACCACUGAGUCCGCAAAGGGGUCCUUUCAGUCCACGACCGUCUUUAGCUUUGAGGCGGGAUGCCAGUGAAGGGACGCCGAGUAUGGGAAGCAGCUUUAGUGAUUUGGAUGAUACAAGCGUCACACAGUCCGCGCUGGAGGAAGCUCUUAUGAGCAACAUGCAGCAGGGUGGCAUGGCCAGUCGCAUGAGCACACUUAGUCAGGCGUUCCGAAGUCGGUAUCUGGGACGAGCGAACGAUAGGUUCUAA